AUGGAAGGUUUUUGCUACACUGCUGCAGCGGAUGCUGCGUCCGAGGCGAAAGGAGGGGUUCCACAGCUUCCACACCUCUCUGCAGCGGCACUGGGAAAAGCCAGCUCGCGCCCCCUGCCACAUCCAGCGGCUGCCAUAACCACAGUUGAGUUGCCCAGUGGGUCUGUUGUUAUAGCAGGGGGAGGUAGUGUUAUUUCGGUUGAGCCCCUGUCGUCUUUAUUGCAGUCGUGUUCAAAAGAGGGGGAGUGUGAGGCUUGCAACGACCCACUCCUGGGUGGAGUCGCGGUACACAGUACCGUCCCGGGUGAGAAAGUGACGUUGACCAUUUCUAGCGGUUUAGUCUCGUGUAUAGGCACUGCACUACUUCCCGGUGGUACGGCCGCCAUGUGCGCUGUUGGCACCAGUGCGGGCUCGCUAUGCCUCUUUGUUGUUGAGAGCAGGACAGGUGGCAAUGCACUUGCGCUAUGCAAGGUUUGUGAGGCUUCACUUUGUGAGUACACGGAUGGUUUGAUCUCUGCCGACGACAUUGUGUUGGAUGUGUGCGUUGGACUGGACCCCGCUGGUCGGCCUGAGUUCGUCGCUGUUGCCACUGCUACAGUUGUGGUUGUAAUUGACACACAAUGUUUUAAUGAGUCACUGAGAGCGAAUGCAACAGAAGCCGUGCUGCGUGAGACGGUAGGUUCAUGGCAGCGGACUCCGUGUCCCACUGAAAAGCCAGUGAACGAAACGUUCUACGCAUCGUUCACUGCUUCUGAGGUAGUGCGUUUGCUAGUGCCCCAGCGGUAUCGUGCUUCCUUUGCCGUGGAUAUAGCUUUGUUAAUUGUGUUUGACAACGGGGAGUUACGCUACGUUGCACGUCGUGUUGUUGGGGGAUCCCUUCAACUCUUAACCGAGCACCACCGGCAGCGGCAGCUCCGGCACAGCACUGUGGGUCUUGGCAUGCUUCAACACAACAGUGAAGGACCAAUUGAUGGCUCUCAUGGUUCGCUAGCCCUGCCACACGUUUUGUAUGCGUACAGCCUCUCUUCGGUGGUACACAACGUGUGUACGGCGGCAGUCGGCGUAAGUGCGGCAACCUACAAAGUUGUGAAUAACGCUGCAUUGUUCUUCGAUGAUAUGUCGCAAACGAUGCGGAUCAUUGUAGUUGGUGCCGGGACGCAGCUUGCAGAGUGCUAUGGACAUCAACUGCGUGGGACCACCGGGUGGUGGGCUAUUACAGGCGCCGCCGUGUUGGCACGAGGCACGUUGGACCAGCGUCAGUUGGCUGCGUGGGGGUUCGAUGUGCCAUGUUCUGGCGCUCUGCCUCGGGACCGGCGUGGGCUGGCAUGUAUAACAGUGCUGGAAGGUGGGAGAGUGCUUUUCGCGUGUGGCAAUGAGCUCUAUGUUUGCACCAUGGCAGAUGCAACAACCGCAGUCGUCGACGGCAGUAGCGGUGGUGGUGGUGGGGCGUACGUUGCGCUGCGGCAGGUACACACCUGCGGCUCUGUUGUUUGUGGUGUGGCAUGCACGGGCACGCGAAUUGACGGAAGAAACGUUGGUGUUAUUGGGUUCGGUGCGUCACUAGCCGCCCUACUGUUCUGA